UCAAGAAAAAAUUCCUUACUAACGUUUCUAGAAACUUGUAUCUUAGCACAGUAACUUCGGUUAUAUUUCACGUAUUCAAACACCUGUACCAAUCCCUACAUUCAUCAGGAAAUUAUGAAUAGCACCACAAAAAAUGAGGUUGAAACAGUCUUAUACAGUUGCAAAGAACAAUGUAAUGUGCUAAAUCAUGAAUUGGACAAAGAAAAAGCAUUAUUAGAGGAAACUGCGAACCCUGAAAAGUAUUUAAAUAUUGCUGUUAAGUGUAUAAAUGAUUCCCGUCCUAUUAGUUCUUUGAGAUAUGCUAAUUACGGAUUGUCAAUUGCUAAAAAACAAAAUAAUGCAGAACAAGCUGGCCUUUGUAAUAUACUGAGAGGAAAAGCAUAUUGUAUGAUUGAACAAUAUGAUUUCGCGUUGUCUUGCUUUGAAUGGGCACUAGAGGAUUCGUCGUCUAGCAUACCGUCUGUUUGGAGAACCUGGAUAAAUGAACUACUUACUCAACUUAGAUUCAUCUCACAAUUUGGAACCAAAAACUCUCAAAAGUUGCAAAGAGACCCAGAACUUGAUGAGUAUAUUAACGACGUUCUUGUAAAGCUUGACCAUCCUACAGAUGGCUCUCGAAGUAUGCCAAACACAUUGCCAGAAUCAAGUUCUACAACACAAAAGAAUACCGUACCUAGUUUGGCUGACAAAACGCGUUUCGACUGGUCUCAAGCAUCUGCCACUUUAAGUCUCGACAUCUACGCAAAAAAUGUCAAACCAGAAAACUUAAUUGUUACAUUAAAGACCAGAUCUGUUUUUGUAAAUGCGACUUUAACGGACGGUUCUAAUUAUACAUUAAAUUUAGAUCCCCUUGCUCAUGAAAUAGACGUGAGUGGAUCUUCGUAUCGUCUAUUCUCGACGAAAAUCGAAAUUAUAUUGAAGAAGCAAACUUCUGACGAAAAAUGGGAAAAUCUCACGAAAACUGACAAUGACUUUACGGUGAGGCAUCCUCAGAUAAUGACCGAGACAACGUCAAAAAGUAACAGUGAAAAGAAUUGGGAUCACGUUCUAAAGGAAGCCGACACAGAAGAGGAAGAAUCUACGGGUGAUGCUGCAUUAGCAAAGCUUUUCCAGGAUCUAUACAAAAACGCAGAUGAUGAUACAAGAAGAGCUAUGAUGAAAAGCUAUAUCGAAAGUAACGGUACCUCUCUUUCUACUAAUUGGAAAGACGUUGGCAAUCGUAAAUUUGAAACGAAGCCGCCCAAGGGAAUGGAACCUAAAAAUUACAACGAUUAAGGGAAUGUAUGACUGACUAGUAAAUUACCAUUGCAUUAAUGAAAGUAUAUAAAACGAUGUACUGAAUCUGUUGAAACUUGGACUUUUGCAACUUUUGAAAAGUUCAGUCACACCAAAAAGCAAAUCGAUUAGUCACACAAAAGCAAAACAUUGUCAAAAAAAAAACAAUUCAAUUGAAAUAUAAC